AAUCAAGGAUGCGGAUCAGAAGGCGCUGUACACAAGAKAUGGCCAGCUGCUGGUGGGCGACCCCGACACCGCUGACUGCAGCGCUGAGAAGAUCUGCGUACUUCCUAACAGAGACCUGGACCGGGCCAAGGUCCCCAUCCUCCUGGGGCUCCAGGGAGGGAGCCGCUGCCUGRCAUGUGUGCAGACAGAAGAGGGACCUUCCCUGCAGCUGGAGGACGUGAACAUCGAGGACUUGUACAAGGGAGGCGAACGGGCCACGCGCUUCACCUUCUUCCAGAGCAGCCUGGGCUCCGCCUUCAGGUUGGAGGCAGCCGCUUGCCCUAGCUGGUUCCUCUGCGGCCUGGAGGAGCCCCAGCAGCCGGUGAGGCUUGCCAAGGAGAGCGAGCCCUCGGCCCGCACUGAGUUCUACUUUGAACAGAGUCGGUAG